AUGUCGUCUUUCACGGAGAUCGGGCCUUUCGGCCAACAACACCACUACCUCCUUCUCGCAGCUGUUGCUGUUGGCGUUGCUGUCUUCAGUUUCGCGUACAAGGUGCUGCGGAAUCCUCUGGCAAAAUUGCCUGGGCCGUGGUAUUCGAAGAUCACCAGUGCUGUUCUGACCAACGAAUUUUUGCAAGGCAGACGAGCCAAAUAUGUUCAGCUUCUUCAUGAAAAAUACGGCCCCAUCGUUCGGAUUGGUCCAAAUGAGGUCGAUGUAAUGGAUGUGGCUGCGGCCAAGCAGAUUCACACAGUCAAAGCAACAUACCUAAAAGGCCCUUUCUAUAAGGCUGUCAGCGCUCCCGGGCAACACAAUGUCUUCAACACCGCGGAUAUUUAUUUUCAUCGUCGCCAUCGAAAGCUCCUCCAGGCCCCCUUCUCUGAUGCAUCACUUCAGAGUUUCCAGCCCAACAUCGAAAGUCGUGUCAGGCUAGCAAUCCAGCGAAUGAUAGAGGAGUCAGCAAGUCGAGGUGUAGUUGACGUGUUCAAAUGGUGGCUGUUCAUGGCAACCGAUGUUAUCGGCGAGCUGUCAUUUGGCGAGUCUUUCCGCACGUUGGAGCAAGGAAAAAAAAGCGAAUACACCGUCAACCUCGAAAAGGUAGCUGCGGUCGGCGCAAAGAGAGCCACAUUCCCCACCUUAGCCAAGCUCGCCAUGCAGGGUUUCCCUAUUCCUGGAUUCGGAGAAAACACCAACCUUCUACGAAGUAUGCGCAGAUACGCACAGGAGUCACUCGACCGGUACAAGAAAAUUGUGGAGGAAGAUCCGGAGAAGCCGGUGCCGACACUAUUCACACGGCUGUUCAAGGGCGAGGAGGACGAGACUUUGACUUUCAAGGAGAUUAUCGACGAGGCCCAGGCCUAUAUCAUCGCCGGCACAGAUACUACGGCCAUCACACUCACCUACGCCGUUUGGCGUGUCUGUCAGAACCCAAAGAUCCGAGAUAGGCUCGUCGAGGAACUUCAACAGCUACCAGAGGACUUCAAAGACCACGAUGCCAUGAAGCUGCCGUACCUCAACCAAGUCAUUGAGGAAAGCCUCCGCCUCCACAGCGCGGCACCAUCGGGACUGCCUCGCAUAGUCCCUCCAGAGGGCGCUAAUAUGGCUGGGCAAUACCUCCCGGGUGGAUCUAUAGUAUGCACACAGGCCUGGAGCAUGCACAGAAUCGAGGAGAUAUUUCCAGACCCGGAGAAGUUCGAUCCGGACAGGUGGGCUUCACCCACUAAGGAUAUGAAGGACGGAUUCAUGCCAUUCGGCGGUGGCUCUCGCAUUUGUCUCGGCCUUCAUCUCGCUCGCAUGGAGCUCAGACUGGGCACUGCCCAUUUCUUCCGCACAUUCCCGAACGCCAAGGUGUCCACGCUGGAAGGCAUGUCCGAUGACGAUAUGGAACAGGUCACCUACUUUCUGGCUCCCCCGAAGAAUAAGAGAUGCUUGAUCGAGUGUUCUUGA